GUCAAACAUACAUAUCAUCGAUUCUAUUCCACUCUAUCUAUCGUAGAUCUCAAUCCCUUUUCGCCUUUUGCUCCUCCCUCCCCUUCCGUAUCUGCCAUCGCUCCCUUCCGUCACUGCUGCAUUCAUUUCUUCCUGCCAAGCCUGCUUUGAUCCAGAAGAGGAAUAUUCUCAAGAAAACCAUCCCCGUAUACACAUCUCCCACCAAUCGACGCACUCGCACGCGAAACAAUGCGGAAGUUUGUUGCGGAAAAUUCCAGAAGAGUUUUAGCCCGCAGUAAAUAUUUGGCUGCCGUGUCGCAGCGUCCCACCGCCUCAUAUUCGCACUCUCCCUGUUCUCAGAAAUCUCCGCCCCAUUAUUCUCCUGUCUCGCUUUUGCGGUUCUUGAGCACAAUCACUACUCCUGCUGAUCGUUCUUCUACGGAGACUAUGGCUUCCGACUACUCUUCUACUCCUGUCCAGAUUGAUACCAUCAAUCCUAAGGUUUUGGAGUGUGAAUAUGCUGUCCGUGGUGAAAUUGUUACCCUCGCUCAGAAAUUACAGGAAGAAUUGAAAAACGACCCUGGUUCUCAUCCUUUUGAUGAGAUCUUGUACUGCAAUAUCGGAAAUCCUCAAUCUCUUGGACAGCAGCCAAUCACCUUUUUCAGAGAGGUUCUUGCUUUGUGUGACCAUCCUGCUAUUUUGGAUAAAGCUGAAACACAGGGUUUAUUUAGUGCGGAUUCCAUAGAACGGGCCUUUCAGAUACUAGAUCAAAUUCCUGGAAGAGCAACUGGUGCCUACAGUCACAGUCAGGGUAUCAAGGGACUGCGGGAUACAAUUGCUGCUGGUAUUGAAGCUCGUGAUGGAUUCCCAGCUGAUCCUAAUGAUAUUUUCUUGACAGAUGGUGCAAGCCCUGCUGUUCAUAUGAUGAUGCAGCUGUUGAUACGCUCCAAGAAGGAUGGCAUUCUUUGCCCCAUUCCACAAUACCCUCUUUAUUCUGCUUCCAUCGCCCUCCAUGGCGGCACUCUUGUCCCUUAUUAUCUUGAUGAAGCAACCGGAUGGGGAAUGGAGAUCUCAGAGCUAAAAAGUCAAUUGGAAACUGCUAGGUCGAAGGGUAUUGACGUCAGGGCCUUGGUGGUCAUUAAUCCUGGCAAUCCAACAGGCCAGGUUCUGGCAGAGGACAACCAGAGACAAAUUGUCGACUUCUGCAAGAAGGAGGGUCUUGUUCUUUUGGCAGAUGAGGUGUACCAGGAAAAUGUUUAUGUCCCGGACAAGAAGUUCCACUCUUUUAAGAAAGUUGCCCGGUCAUUGGGAUAUGGGGAGAAAGAUAUUUCCCUAGUAUCUUUCCAGUCUGUUUCGAAAGGGUAUUAUGGGGAAUGCGGCAAACGAGGAGGCUACAUGGAAAUCACGGGGUUCAGUCCAGAGAUAAGGGAGCAAAUAUAUAAAGUAGCAUCAGUGAACCUUUGUUCUAACAUAUCUGGUCAGAUUCUUGCAAGCCUUGUUAUGAAUCCACCAAAGGUGGGAGAUGAAUCAUAUGAGUCUUACUCCGCAGAGAAAGAUGGUAUCUUGUCAUCCUUAGAACGGCGUGCAAAGAAACUGGAAGAGGCAUUCAACAGCCUAGAAGGGGUAACCUGCAAUCGAGCAGAAGGUGCAAUGUAUCUGUUUCCUAGGAUUCACUUGCCAAAGAAAGCGGUGGAAGCUGCUGGCAAGGCAAACACAGCACCGGAUGCAUUUUAUGCUCGGCGUCUCCUCAACGCCACAGGAAUAGUGGUGGUUCCUGGUUCUGGAUUUGGACAGGUUCCGGGGACAUGGCAUUUCAGAUGCACAAUAUUACCACAAGAGGACAGGAUACCGGCCAUCAUUUCUCGCCUCGCCGAGUUUCACAAGGGAUUCAUGGAUGAGUUCCGCAGCACCGGGUGAUUGAUUGAUUGAUUCUGAGCGAGGGAUGGGAUGGCUAAAUAGAUAGAGAUAUAUUAGAUAGAACCACAGCUGUUCUAUGUUCUGCUCUGUUGGAGACACAGACAGAUGGCUAAGAAUAACAAAACAAAAGGGUCAUUUUGAAAUGAAUCAUCCUUUGAUAA